AUACCAACUGUCCAUAUAGGAGUAUUGCAUAUAUGAUUUAAGGUACCUACACUAAACAUACUAAAUAUAGGGUAUGUUCUGUGACUAUCAAUUGAGACUGAGUUGAUUUUGAUUGAGACUCUUGAGUAACUGCCUGAAAAAUUGAAAAUGACAUAUUUACAUAAAAACAGUAUAUAAAAUUUUUUUAGUGAUGCUACAAUAAUUUAAAAAAUAUAGUAAUUAUUAAAUAAUACGUAAGUUUACAACAUAUUUUUCUUGUGAUCAAAUUUAUAUAUAUUUGAUUCAGCAGAUCAUGAAUUUUUCAACUGGGGUGCUUCCUGUAGUCUUGAGCGUAGGGAUAGUUGUUACAUCGUUUGUUAUAUAUAAAAUAUUUUAUUCAUCUUCAAGCAAAGGCAAAAGCAAAAAAAUAUUGCUCAAAGAUCCACAAACAAAGUACAAACUACCUUUGAUAGAAAAAACUAUAAUUAGCCAUGACACCAGGAAUUUUAGAUUUGGGUUACCAGAAAAGGAUAUGGUACUAGGACUUCCUAUUGGUCAGCAUAUUGUUUUAUCUGCAAAAAUAAAUGAUGAAUUGGUUAUAAGAUCUUAUACACCAGUAUCAUCAGAUGAUGAUGAGGGAUAUGUCGAUUUAGUGAUAAAGGUAUAUUUCAAAAAUGUACAUCCAAAGUUUCCUGAUGGAGGUAAGUUAACACAACAUCUGGAAGGUUUGAAAAUAGGCGAUACUAUUGAAGUUCGUGGACCUAAUGGCAGAAUUGAGUAUCUUGGUCAUGGUAAAUUCACACUUCGGAAGCUCAGAAAGGAUCCGCCUGAGCCUAUUAACGUCAAGAGAGUGAAUUUGAUUGCUGGAGGUGUUGGAAUAACUCCGAUUUUACAAUUGAUCAGACAUAUUUUAAAGGAUCCUACUGAUCCUACAGAAUGUGCUUUACUAUUUGCAAAUCAGACCGAGGAUGACAUUUUGCUAAGGUCAGAAUUGGAAGCGGCUGUACAAAGUCGCCCCAACAAAUUCAAGUUAUGGUACACUUUGGACAGGCCCGAACCAGGUUGGAAAUAUAGUACUGGUUUUAUCAAUGAAGAAAUGAUAAAAGAUCAUCUAUUUCCUGCUUCCGAUGAUACUUUGAAUCUGAUGUGUGGUCCUCCACCGAUGAUUAAUUUCGCUUGUACGCCGAAUUUGGAAAAACUGGGUCAUAAGAAGGAGAGGUUGAUUGCUUAUUAAUAUAUAAAUAGCGUUUGUUGCAACAUUUGUAAUAACUUUUUCGUUUUUUCGUUGCAAUAAUGCAUGCUUUUCAAUAGUUAACCAUUGUUCUAUUUACUGGCAAAUUUCGAAUAAUUGUAACUGUAAGGGAGCUGUUCUUGAAAAAAAAAAGAAACAAUUCUUAAUAUAAUUUAUUUCAUUAUAAGGAUAAAAAUUAUGUUAAAAUAAUAAUUGACUCGAAGUAUGUUUGGAAUAAUUUCAAUAAAUAAUAAAAUUUAGAACCAUUACAAAUUUUAUUAAUAAAACAAUUUCCAUUACUUUAGUAUAAAUUUGGAAGAAUUGUUGAUUCACUAUCAGAUUUUAACAAGAUAGUAACUCCUUGCAUAUGAAACCAAGUAUAAAUAAAUAAUCUAUGGACAUGUCUUUUUUUUAAUUAAAUCUAAUAAAGUAUUUAUAUAUCACAAUAGUAUAUAAA